CGCUCUAAGUCAUGCGAGCUUCGAGUCAACGAACUGUGUAGCCGAAGACGCGGGAGAGAGUUGGCAAGAAUUUGGCUUCGAAAUAGUCCUCAAAGAACGGCCUACCUGCAGUGCGCUAAACUCGGAGACUUCUUGAAUGAACUGAAACGCUGCUAAGUUUGCGCUUGGAAAACACAGGAGGAAAGAAGAUGAAUGUGCCGUGGUGCAUUUGUGGGUUUGUGCUGAUGCCCCUUCUCGUGACCAUAGGAGAAUCCGCCAUUGCUCUCAACACGGAAAAAGAGCGAGUUGACCUUGGAGCAAGUUUAAGGGUUGAUUGCACUGUAAGUGGAGGCGAAACUUUCGAAGGCUGGUUCUCGCCUGGAGGUGCAAGGGUGUCUGAUCAAGAAAUCGAGCGGAUUCAUUCAGAUAGAAAUGGCGACCGGUAUACUCUGCAUGUCAACAACAUUACAGUACAAGAUGGCGGACAGUACACCUGCCGAGGAAAUACUGGGAACAAGAUUUUCUUGCUUUGGGUCACACAUAUCAAAGUGAACACAACACAAUACCUGCGCAUCGACGGAGAUGCCAUCAUUAAAGUCGACGUGGACGGGUUCCCAAAACCGACAGUUGUCUGGAAAAAAGGCAAUGGCGAAUUGAUUCCUAUAGUGAACGAUCGAUAUUCGGUGUUAGAAGACUUCUCGCUGAGAAUAUCUGGGAUGACGCCAAAAGAUGAAGGAAACUACAUAUUCGAAGUCACGCAAGCAGCACUGUUCCGGCCUUUUACGAUAAAAGCUAUUGCAUUCAGUCCACCUGAGAUUAUCCAACAGCCUGUCCCGAUAAAACGUUACGUUACAGUAGGCUACAACACAUCGUUCACCUGCAUUGUGACAGGGUUUCCAAAACCCACGGUGCAGUGGAUUAACCCUGGAGGCAGAGAGGUCGAUACCUUUGACCCCCGCUACGAAAUAAUCGGCGACACGUUCUAUAUUUACAACAUUGAGUCAAAUGACAAGGGUAACUGGACUUGCCGAGUUACUGGUGGUGAUGUUACCAUUGAAGCGGUGGCUACAAUAAUCGACGUUUACACCGCCCCUUUAGUCGCAGAGCCCUCCUUCCCAUGGGUCUACUGGUUUGAGUUGUACAGACCUGCCUCGAUCACGUGCAGAGCAAAUGGCAAACCUCCACCCACCGUGGUCAUACUCAAGGCCGGUAGGAUUCACCCGAGGAUGAAGAUGAGGCCAGGAGCAGCCUCGAUAGAGUUCUACUUGUUAAGAGAGCACGACCUGGGCAAUUACACGUGCGAGGCGUGGGGCCCGGCUCGUGACUCGCAAGGCAUGCCCGUUGUCGUCAACCAAUCCGUUGCUCUGUACACAAGAGAUAAACCAGUCAUCAAUCCGGGUGGAAGUCCCAAAGAGAUCUUCUCCUAUGUCGGUAACACUCAACCCGUCCGCAUUAACUGUGACUUUAUAAGCUGGCCCCUGGCCAACGUCACCAUCUGGAGAGGCUUCUACGAGCUAACGAACGGUACCGAUCAGGCCACGCUAUAUGUAUGGACGUACGCGUGGGAGGAUUUCGGGCCUUACAGCUGCAUCGGCAGUAACAUGUUUGGGGAGGUCAACUACACCGUGUGGAUCAGGCAUGCGACGCCGCCGAGCAAACCGGAGAACAUCGAGGUGAACGUGACGUGCGACAGGGCCUACUUUUCCUGGACUCCGCCCAGCGACACAGGGGGAAUGGACAUUGAACGGUAUGUGAUCGACAAUGGCAGAGGCCACCGAGAGAACACUAACGACUCCUACCCACUCUUCUAUCUGUGGGACUUAGUUCCAAACACAGAGUACACCAUCACUAUUCGCGCCAUGAACCGGCAAGGAGCCGGUGCCCCCGCCACAGUCAUCUUCAGGACCAAUGCGACAUGUGUUCCGAAGCGUCCAGAGGUAUUUUCACCAGUGGAAUACGUGUUGGACCGGAACUUCCUCGACUUACGCUGGAAAGCGCCCUCAAACGCUAAAGAUUGGGAUGGUCUUUACUACAGGAUAUUGGUCAAGGAUAAAGAGGACUACACAAACAUCGGCAAUACCAAGGUUUAUUCCUCUAUUGAGAGAGUGCAGCGAAUCGGUGGUCUCCAGCGGAACAUGACGUACGAAAUCAUACUUUGGGCCGUGACGCCUAUGGAUCACUACAGUGAGCCAACGUUCACCCACUACUUUGUACACCCUAAUGCUUGGGGUGCUGCGCAUGCGUUAACAGCAAGCCUCUGGUCCAUUCUCCUUGCUGCACUGAUCGCGUUGAGCAUGCGCAGUUAGAAGACGAGUAGGCAUUGUAUCGAUGCUGUUAUACUUUCAUAGUUGUGUAGAACAAUACUGAGCCUCUAGGUGGAAAAUAUCUUAAUGUUUUCACGAAAGAAGUUUUAGUACCUGAGGAAUACCUUUAGCUCUCUGAGUGUGAAGCAAAAAGCUAUACUAAUAAGUCCGUUCCGUUUAUAAGGAUAAAAAAAGGAAUUUUUACCCAAUGGUGGAUCGAGGGGUGGUUUCGUGGGUUGAAUAUAGAGCCGCCAUUUUAUGAAAAAUGACGCCAGUCCCCAGUUGCAGACAAUCGAUGGCUUGGAAGAUUUUGAUAUAUAUGUUAUAGACUAUAUAUGAUAUAGACUAUAGAUGUGUUAUAUAACCACCUUAAGGUCCGCCAAUACCGUUGAUCGCAAAAAUCCUCUACCUACCCUAUGUGGCGAUGCAUUGCAUGACAUAAGCAUACCAUGAUCUUGUACAAGUGGUUUUAUCGCACAAUCAUCAUACGAGGCGCAAAUUACCUGCCUCGCCUUCUGGGUUUGAAACUCGUCGAUUUAUUAGCCACCUUGGAAUGUACAGGACCAAGUGAAAUAUUAGAACAAAUCUAAUGAUUUGAACCAAUGUUAAUCAAGCAUUGUAAAAAUAACGUUUUUUUUUAGACUCGAUGAAGUUUUCGGAACACUUUCAAGCAGUUUUGUACUUUUUUAGUUGAGUUAUUCGCUGCAAUAAUAAUGAUAAUCUAUUAGAAUAAACAAUGUAUUACAGUGUAGCCACCAUAACGGACCUUCAGGGUACAACCUUAAUAUUACGGAUUUUCCAAUGUCCUAUUUUGAAUUUUUCAGUCAGUCUCCUUAAAUAAAACCUCCAUUUUGAGGACAACUACAUAUAAGAGAGGCAUCUUUCGGUCCCGAGGGUGUACGCUCUAUGAGGUAACACUGUAAUGAUAGUAACGAUGUAUUGUGUCAGGCGCUCGAUGGUCACGUGCUCAGCUGUUCAACAACCUUCUAAGGGCUGGUUUAGACAGCAUGAUUUAGUCGUAUGCGACUUGCCCGCAACACCUCUACAGUUGUAGAGUGUAAAUCAAGCUACGACUCCGCUUCGACGUUCGGCUAUGAAAAUCGUAUUGUGUAAUUCAGGGUAUUGUGUAAUUCAGGGCUAAGACAUGUCGUAGGCAGGUCGCAUAUGGCUUAAUCGUGCUGUCUGAAUCAGCCUUAAUGGCCUAUCUAGAAAACUAUUCGCAGGUACUACACAAAUAAAUAACGUGAGGUCGAAGUA